UCAUAAUAUCAAUCCUUUAAUCAUUCGAGAAUAUUUCAAAAUUAAGUCUAUCAAUAGGAUAACGGUCUUAUCUUGUGUAAACGUCAUAGAAGGAACAAAAGUAUGGAAGUAUUUGCAGCCAGAGGGGUUUAUGUUGUCUUUCAAUCCAAAUACCCUCAUUGAAAGUAAUUUGCAAAGAGAAGGUGCUGUCAUUGAUUUAUCUUGUCCAGAUCAAAAAUCUAUUAUUAUGAAGUUGUCUAAGAAGAGGAUGUUCGAUACAGGAAGAGAAUGGCUGAUGUUUUAUGAAGUUGAAAUUAACGCUACUAAGGAUUGGAGUUAUUGGUUGACAUUUUUAGAAAAGCGUUUUAUCUUGCCUGGAUCUUCAGUUGUAAUAGUUCAAAUCACAGGGUCCUCAAUUAGAUAUUUUGACAUUUACAAAAUCACCGAUAGUCAACCCCUGAAGGUCAAAUUGGUAGGUGAAGGAUCUGUACAAAAUGUAACAUUUUUCAAACGAAUUGCUGAGAGAUCAGAUUUCGAGGGUGUAAAACUUCGAACGGCAACAGCAAUAUUACGCCCUGAGGUUUACAAAGGGCUCGAAAAUUUAGAAAAUCCUGAAAUUGACACAUGGCCGAAAAUGCACUAUCCUCUAAUUGUGAAUUUAGCAAAACAGCUUAAUUUUGAGUUUACUUUAGAAGUUGUAAAUGAUUACGGAUGGUUGAGAAAUGGAAAUUUUAGUGGCCUAAUGGGAUUAUUACAAAGGGGCGAAGUUGAUUUUGGAGCAACAGGAUUUUUUAUAAAUCCAGACAGAAUAACUGCUGUUGACUUCACUGGUGAUACGUAUUCACUUAAGUCAAUGAUUAUUUUUAAACAACCGGCACUAUCGACAGUGAGCAAUAUUUUUCUUUUGCCAUUUUCAAGACUUGUAUGGAUAGCCUGUGGAGUGCUCAGCAUCCUAGUGAUUGCCUUACUCACAUUACAAGUAAUAAUAUCAUAUCGUUUUAAUUCAAAUUUCUUCACAACUAGAGUUACUUUUUAUGAUGUUGUAACAUUGGUAUUUGGAUUUAUUUGUCAACAAGGUACAUACUUGACUCCGAUCUCAUCAUCAGCGAGAAUAAUCAUUUUUAUAUUUUCCCUGUCAGCAUUAUUUUUCUAUACCUCUUAUUCUGCAAAUAUUGUGGCAUUGCUACAGUCGACAUCACCAGUACUCAAGAAUAUUACAGAUUUAACUAACAGCCAUCUUAUGCUGAAAAUCCAAGAUCUUGAAUAUAACAGAAUUUUUAUGAAGGAUUCAGUGGAUCCAAAUGUUAAAGCACUUUACGACAAGAAAAUAAAACCUUUUGGAUCAAAGGCUUAUUGUUUACCAAGAGAAGGUGUACGGUUGCUUCGUACAGGCACAGUUGCUUUUCAAGUUGAGGUAAAUCUAGGAUAUAAGAUAAUCAGCGAAACAUUUGGUGAAAGCGAAAAAUGCGGUUUAGGUGAGAUCAGGAUGAUAUUUAUUCCAAGUUUGGCAGUGCCAGUUGUCAAGAAGUCUGGAUAUAGAGAUAUUUUUAAACAAAUGCUUAUAUGGCAGAGAGAAUGUGGAAUAAUGAAGAGAUUAGCUAAAAUUUGGGUACCCGACAGGCCAAAUUGUGAAGGAAAAGGGACGAGUUUCUUAAGAGUAGGAAUGGUGGAUUUUUUACCAGCACUUCUAGCAUUAAUUUACGGAAUGGGAAUAUGCAUAACUGUUUUCUUCCUUGAAAUCGCUUAUCAUUACAGACUUAAUUUGGUAAUUGAUGAGGAUUAUGGCUGGGCUGGAAGGAAUGGAACAUCAUUUGGUGGGUUGGUGGGUCGUUUGCAAAGAGAAGAAAUUCAAUUAGGAACAGCGUUCACCAUGCGGGAAGAGAGGAGAGAAGCCGUCGACUUUACCACAGACACUUUGGAAUUUAAAAAUGCCAUAUUUUUUAAGAAACCUGCAUUGUCAACAGUUAGCAACAUCUUUCUCCUGUCUUUCUCUAAACUUGUGUGGUUGUGUUGUGGCUCAUUGUGUAUUUUGUCAAUUUUGCUUUUGUUAGCAGUAUUAGCUGUGACAAAACUGUUUGCUGUUGUAUCACCAUUCUCAAGACCUGCUUCUUUUGCUGACAUAAUUACAUUAAUUUUAGGACUUGUGUGUCAACAGGGGUCGGAAUUGGCACCGAUUUCUUUGGCCACGAGAAUUACAACAUUCGUCUUUUCCCUAUCUGCUAUAUUUUUAUACACGUCGUAUUCUGCAAAUAUAGUAGCUCUGCUUCAAGCUACCACAACUGGCAUGGAAUCAUUAGAUGACUUGACAAAUAGCCCGUUGACUCUUAAAUUGCAAGAUCGGCUAUAUGUCCGAGAGCUAUUUAAGAUAGUAAAUGAUACAUCUGUUCAUAAUUUAUAUACAAAAAAAGUUAUGUCACAAGGUGACAAUGCAUACUGCAUACCCAAAGAAGGAAUUGCAUUCAUGAGAACAGGGGAAUAUGCAUUUUUGGCUGAAUUAAUCCAAGGGUACAAGAUAAUUAGCGAUACAUUCCACGAGGAUGAAAAGUGUGAUCUUGGAGAGUUGAGUUUAUUCUUUAUACCAAGACUUUCGAUUCCAGUAAUUAAAAAAUCAGGCUACAGAGAAAUAUUUACUCAGAAACUCAGUUGGCAAAGGGAAGUUGGGAUAUUUCAAAGACAAGAACUUAUAUGGUUUCCACACAGACCAUCUUGUGAUCGGAGCAGAAGAGGAUAUAAACCCGUUGGUACUAUCGAUUUUUUACCAGUGGUAUUGUCACUUUUCUACGGAACGCUUAUAGCCAUUGGCAUUUUUGCAUUUGAAAUCAUUUUCUGGCACAGAAAACGUUUUUAUUGCUAUGAGAAUGAAAAAGAGAAGAUUUAAAGAACAAACGAAAUUGUUCUAAUGUAGAUGAUUAGUGAAAUUCACAUGCUUAAAGCCAAAAUUGCUUCUAAAUAAGGUCAUCCUUUGAAAAAUUACUCUUACAAUUUAAUAAAUGGCUAAGUUAAAAUUGAAAAUUGUAACCUUUCAAUAUGUGGUUAUUUCAUUUGUGAAAUAUUUGUAGAUAGUAAAACAAUAAAAACAUACCAGUAAAAUUUAUUGCAUGAAAUGUACAUUCAAAUUUUCUACUGUUGUUUUGUAAUCACUUCAAAUUGAGAAACAUAGCUGUUUAAAAUAUAAAAUAAUACUUAAAAUUUGUCUUACCGUUAGAGAUUGGUCUGCCUAUCAUUGCUGAUAUGCCUCAGAUGAUCAGAAACGGACAAACUCAACAAGAAAUAUCACAGUGCAAUAAAUUGUUUACUUCAAAACUAUUUAAUAUUUACAUAGUAUUAUCAAAUUUCCAUUUGAAUAGCAAUGGUGGUAUAAAUGGUUUAUUAGGGUAAGUUGUCAUUAUUUGACAGAAGUUCAGUCUUCCCAUUUUAUUCUGAUCUGACUAUUCUCGUUGAAUGUUGGAUGGACUGGAUUAUUACACACAAGUCCAUGAAAUCUCGGUGGAAUAAAAAUAGUAGUAAUGAUAACAAUAAAACUUUACACAACAGAAAUUCUCUGAAAGUUAAUUGAUGAAAUAUGUCUGAAAAAAUGGACUAGUUUGAUUAGGGAUGGAAAAAAUGCUGGCAAAUCUCUAACAAUUUAAACAGACAACAAAUUUACUUAUGGUUAAUUUAAUAAUUUAACCAUUUAUUAUAAAAUUUCAACAUCAUCGAGGUAAAAUUUCUUUCCUAUUCAUUCUAAAUGUGGGACUGAAAGUUUUGAUGAAGGCUGACUGAAGGGACUUUGACUUCUAUCUUUUAUCGAUUAACAAUUAUAAAUUUAUGUUUAUUUAUAUUUCUAUUGUAAAAUCAACUCCACAGUGGUUUGGAAGAGAGAGUGUAGGAGCUUAUGUAGUAAAGACGAAACACGCUCAUUUCUCAACUUGUUUUAACGCUUCGAUGACAUAAUACAUUUCAUACUUUAUUGACCUAACUUAUUUUCAUCUUUUCAAUGGCCCAGAGUAUAUAUAGAACAGUGCAGAAGCAUGUAUCACAGAAUAAGAGAUGUACUACAUCAAACUACAUUUCCUUUUAUACGCCUUGUUGCUGUUUUCUUCUGUUUUAGCAGCUGAAUUUCUCCUAUCUGAACCGUCUGAAGGGGCAAAAGUACUCAAAAGAAAAGUGAGGUGCGGGCCAGUCAAAUUCCGCAUCAAGAAAAAGAAUUAAGUUAAUUAUUUCCUUUCUUAAUAAUGUGUCUUAUGUGUGUUUUCGAUUAUAUUUAAGUUUAAAAAAAAUGCCCCAAAAACUUUAAUUCAUUCCAAUAAAUAUUAUAGGAAAUGGGGAAGCACAAUAAAAAUAUGGAAUAUUCAAAUGUAUAUUAACAAAAAAUCUUAUUUUAAGUGUUAUAAAUUUUGUAGUUGAAACAUUGUACUAUGUUGUCCAACAAUGUACACUUCAUUUGGACUCAAUGUUUAUACAAAUGUAAAUAUGUAUACAUUAAAUAAUUUAAUACACGACAUCUGUUAUGCAUAAAUUUUGUUCCUCCUGGAGUUUUAAAAGCGAUUUGUCAUUCCCCAAGGAAGAAACAGUACAAAUUAGCCAGCUAUUAGUGGAGCUUGUCAUCGCCCUUAGACCUACAGCAGUUUUAAUAAAGCCUCAAUCAUAUUUAUGAAUAUUAUAACAAUACAGUAAUAUUUUAAAGGCUUAAUUUAAUUUUAAAAAGCCACAUUUAGACUGAAUGCUACAAAAUAUACUUUAUAAAUGAGUAAAACAUUUAAACAUUUGUUAUGCUACUUUAUAAUUUUUCUUUUGCAAAACUUUUGAUUUCAGAAAUGGAAUAUUUAUGUCCAGCAUGAACAGGUACUUAAGUGAUUUGUUGAAGAACUCAGUAAUUUAAUGCAUAUAGUGGUAACUAAGACUUGUAGAUAGAUUUACAAAGCAAUAAUCUACAAAUUAUAAGAAAAUAUGCCAACAUAUAAUACAUUAUAAUUAAUGUUGAGUUUUAAUUAAGUUAAAUAUUAUUAUUAGGCUCAAAUUAACAUUUAUUUAUAUUAAAUAUACAUUUUUGUUUAAUAGGUAAAAUAUUACAGUACAUCAUUAUGCAAUUAAUGAAAUAGCAAGUGGUAUAAUACAUAACAUACA